AUGCACUCAAGCACUUUAUGGACGUGUUCACAUUGCGGGAAGGUGUUGAUGCGGAAGAAUAUUUAUUCCCAUCUUCGCGUAGUGCACUACUACACCACCGAACAAAUUGAUGAAAUAAAGGCUAGCGUAAGACGCGAAGCACCUGUUAAAAAGGAAUUCGUAUCUUGCCCACUUUGUGAGGAGCGCUUUGACAAUCACGAGCGUUUUGCGAUGCACUGUCAGGAGGAACAUGCUGAAGACGGAAGCAGGUGUGAAGAUCGCAAGGACCUACACAAGUACUCUCACGAGUACAUCAUAAGGCGGCUCAGGAAGGACUACCCCGCCAAAACUUCGAGAUUGCAUUUUGUUACCAAAGGGGACCUUUGGAGAAUUGCAAAUCGUUUCGGUCUAAGACCUGGAUAUCGUCACAAGGAUGAUAUGCUGUCCUUGGAGCAACGGGCGAAAGAGAAGAAUCCAGACGAUGGCAUUCGUCUCUUCGAGAUGCCUGUAAACCCUACAGGAGAAGGAUUCCGACUGAUCAUCAUUACACCCCAACAAGUGGAAUGGCUGCAGAAAUUCUCUCAUAGAGGAAUUUCGGUUGAUGACACCCACAACGCCACGCGUUACAACCUCAAGUUGGCGACAGUGAUGGUGCUGAAUGAAAGAGAUGCCGGCGUUCCAGCAGGCAGAACGCCAACAUGGGCCUCGUUUUCUAUUCCAAAUGCGAUAAUGGACACAACGAUGGUAAGCGAAAGGUGGCAUUUGCGACUGAAAACCGAGUUUCUUCACAGAAACGCCAACACACGAGCGGACUGUCUAGUGGAUCUUCUGAUCACUGCCGUUGAGGACCUGUCGCGAUCGGACGAGAUCAAGGCACGCCGCCGACUCGUCGUUGCCUCCUAUCGCGUCCAGCAGACCGCAAUAUGCCAUCGCCAGGCCAAAAAAGAGUGCGAUCUUAAUCGCCUCAGAAUCAGGCCGCUGGGCUCUGAAAAAUGGGAGGUGUACUCUGUGAAAACCACUGAACUCUUACAAGUAGAGCGAAGUAAUGAUUGCGAAUGCAGUGAGCAGAACGUUCAUUGCACUCUAUGUAGCAUUUGCCCUUACGCUUGGUCCUGCUCAUGUACGGACAACAGAGCUGGAAUAAGUUGCCUACAUCGACACGCAGUAAUGCUGCACAGUAACCCACCAAACAGGCGGACAAUAGAGACAAGCGCACAACCAACACCAGAAGAAGCAGAAAUCUCUGAACCUGUUGAAGCAGCUGCACCACCACUUGAAACGGAAGUAAGUGCGGCACAACAACGAAGAGAGGAACGGAGCCAAUUGAGGAAUUUCAUACAUAUGAAAAUCUCCGUCAUCGAGACUAACGUAAAUGCGUUAGUCAAUACGGACACCGUAGAGGCCAGAGAACAACUCGAACAAAUCCACGACAUGAUCGACAAAGCUUCGCAAAUUGGAGCAACAUCACUGACAGGAAUAGCGGUCCGGCCAGAAUUAGCAAAACCGGGAGGGAAACCAAAGCAACCCAAAGUAGAGCUUUACACUGUGAGAAAUUUCAAUAUUUGA